CGCAGCCUCCGACAGCAGUGCUAUCACCGGCGCUGCAUUGAAAGCACGCCAAGAAUGAAAAUAACUGCCCUAAUUCUGUGCAUACAUUGUGUUUAACUGUGCUGUGUCUGUGUUGUGUGAAUGAUGAUUUCAAGAGCGCUUAUUAUAGCGCUGUUUAGUGCAUAUGCUACGUCCCUGACGCCCAUCGCCCCCAUUGCAGCACCAGGGGAUGAUGACUGUGCGUUAUAUUUGACUGGACCUGGACGCUCCUCAGCAUAUGACUACAGCUUAAAUCUUUUAAAAGGAAAUUUUGCAUAUGAUGGCCAACACACAUGUAUUACUUACGAAGCGAUAAACCAAGCUUAUCUGGAUGCGAGAUCGAGAAUAUUGGUGUCUCAACCGAAAGGCGACUGGCACGCUGAAGACUUUGCCAGUGUGGGCGAGCUUAUUCUUGACAUUUCUAUCAGUCUGGCGCGCACGUACGGUCUCACCUACGAAGAGAUAGAGAAAGGUCUUCCUCUCAUAGACACAUCCCGAACUCUAAUCAGAGAAGUUUGCCCACCAGUCUUCUCCCACGUCGAGUGUCGCGCUGGAAAAUACCGAAGACUUGAUGGUCUAUGUAACAACCUUCAGCAUCCAACAUGGGGUGCUACUAUGGCGCCAUUCCAACGAUUAAUUGGUCCGUUAUUCGCUGAUGGCAUUAACGCACCCCGUAUUGCCCAUACGGGGCGGGACCUACCGUUAUCCCGGGUUGUCUCAAGAACCAUGCACCCUGAUGAUGGCUUCCAUGACCAUGCUGGAACAGUAAUGGUUAUCGCGUGGGGACAAUUCAUGGAUCACGAUUACACUCUUACUGGAACACCUUUAGACCCGAUUAACCGCAAUGACCCUGAGGAAUGCUGCAAGCGUCCUCCACACUUGAAACAUCCCUACUGCAAUGAGAUCAGAAUACCUGAUGAUGACUACUUCUACCGUCUGUUCGGUGUUAAGUGCAUUGACUUUGUUAGAGGCUUUCCAUCUCCUAGACCUGGAUGUAAGCUUGGUUCGCGAGUGCCGUUCAACACAUUGACAGGAGCCAUUGAUGGUAACACUGUGUAUGGUGUUACGGAAAAGUUUGCCAGGAAAUUGAGAACAGGCUACGGGGGUCUUUUAAGAAUGAACCCGGUCUUCAAAGAAUAUGGACUAAAGGACUUGUUACCAUUGAAACUCGACAUCCCAGAUGAAGGUUGUACAAGGCCAAACAAAAACAUGUAUUGCUUUGAAGCUGGCGAAAUCCGUGUUAACGAGCAACUCGUACUGACUGUGAUGCAUACAUUGAUGGCCCGAGAACACAACAGAGUAGCCAAAGGUUUAGCAGCGGUUAAUCCGCAUUGGGACGACGAAACUCUAUUCCAAGAAGCAAGAAGGAUUAAUAUCGCCGAAAUACAACAUAUUACAUACAACGAAUUCCUGCCUAUACUCUUAGGAAAGGACGUGAUGGAGAAAUUCGGUUUGGUGCUUGAAAAAGAGGGUUACUGGAAUGGAUAUGAUCCAGAAGUAAAUGCAGAUGUGAUCGAUGCCUUUGCAUCAGCUGCUUACCGAUUCGGACAUUCUUUGCUGCCCACAGCUGUAGAGAGAUGGUCCAAAGCGCAUAAGUUUAUUGCUUCAAAGCGCUUGUCAGAUCUUAUUCGUAGACCGUACGACCUCUACAGAGCUGGAGUACUCGACGAAUACGUCAUGGGACUGAUGAACCAAGUUGCUCAAGCUAUGGACGACUCUAUCACCCAAGAGGUCACCAAUCAUCUUUUUAAGAAGGUCGGAGCCCGGUUUGGAAUGGAUUUGGUUUCCCUCAACAUGCAGAGAGGACGGGAGUUUGGUAUUCCCGGUUACAUGGAGUUCAGGAAGUUCUGUGGCUUGUCAGAUGCUAACACCUUCCAGGAUUUGUUCGGGUCUAUGCCAAAUGAGACGUUAAGAAAGUACGAGACAAUAUUCGAGCAUCCGAUUGAUAUAGAUCUGUGGUCGGGAGGAGUAUCAGAGAGGCCCCUACGUGGUUCUAUGUUGGGACCGACUUUCGCUUGUAUUAUUGCAACACAAUUCUCUUAUUCACGAAGGGGAGAUAGAUUCUGGUUCGAGCUGCCAAACCAACCGUCAUCUUUCACACCAGAGCAACUGACAGAAAUUAAAAAGUCCCGUCUCGCACGAGUGAUUUGUGACAACACUGACAUCAUUGACACAGUCCAGGUUUAUCCCUUUGUCCUACCUGACCACGAAUUGAACCCAAGAGUACCUUGCAGAAGUGGUAUUCUACCAUCUAUGGACUUUUCUAAAUGGGCAGAGCCGGUACCAUUCGGUGCCGCAAAACAAUACGUGAGUAGUUUCGGGUUUAAUUCCUUUCACGGGAAGUAGUAAAAUAGCACAGUAGUAAUUUUGUAAGCAUUGGAUAUUGUAUUUGGUUUGAGAAAUUAAAUCUCUUAGUGACGACUGUUUGGUACCGAAUUUUCGACUUUCGAUUCGAGUUUAUAAGUUUUAAAAAAUUUCAAAUAUUGACUCGAUUCUACUAAUUCCUUAAGUUUAAUUAUAUUUCCCCCCUUAUUUUUUAAAAGUAAAUCAGUCAAUUCACUGUUUUAACUAAAGAAAAAAAAAGAAAAUGAGACAGCACACUACAGAGAUAGAGAAACAUGAAACAAUUAAUUGGUCAAAUGAGUGUAAUUAGACGGAUUCCGUUUAUAUGAAUAAGGGGGUAAUAAAUCCAUAUUGAAUAUCCAAUGCGUGUAUUAUAUGACGUAUACUAAUGCGUAGUCAGUAGAUUAAGGUAAUGUAGUUAUGGAAAUUAUUUAGAAAAUGCUCAAUGCAUUCUUGCAUACUGAUUUGGUGAUGUAUGAAAAUAUAAAGUAAAAAUGUACAAGUCCACGUCCGAAUAAAUUCAGUUAUUUAUUGGUAAGCACACUAUUAAUUGUUAUUUAACUUUAUGUGAUUUCCAUUUUUUUAACUCUAUUAUCUAAUUCACCCACACAUUUUAUUUUGAACUGGUUACAUUCUCUAUUUUGUUAUUUAAGCAUAUGAACGAAAUUAAAUGUUGCCAUAAAUAAAUACCUGCAAUUCAUAGAGCGUAGAUAUUUUUGUAAAUAUUUAUUAUUAAUAUAUUGCCCCCUUAAAAAUAAUAUUUUAAAUAUUAAUGUUAAAUUCCUUUAAUAUUAAAGAACCUAUGACAAUCAUUUUAACCCUUCCCUACAAUUAGUACAGAUUUAUUUACGCAUUACAUUGUGUUGCUUUUGUUUUAUCAAAAAUGUAUUAAAAAAUUGUAGUUCACAGGGAUAUCAUUUAUAACUUGGUUUAACAAGCACUUAAAAAGAGAAAUUAUGAAUUAGGAGUAUUUAGCUUAGAUAUGUAGAUGUUAAAGUAUGUGCUAGUAUGUUUUCUGUAGAGAAUUACACAGUGUAAAUAAUAGAAUAAGCUAUUUAAUUACUAAUAAACAUUGAAAGUAGA